AUGUUUCUGCUCGUGGUUCUGACUUGUGGUCUUUCAUCGAUAUGGUGGUUUUUACGACCAUGUUCUCCGGAGUACGUGGCUAAUACAAUACCAAAAUCGAAUUUGGUAAAAUACUCCGCCGCACCAGCACCAUCUGCUACACCCUCUUUGGCUGUACUUGAAGUCUUCCAAGUCUAUCAACCGGUUCUCAUUCCUACUGGUGUUACCGAUGAGACGGCAUCAUAUGAUGGAGUGGAGGAGACUGCGAUUAUCGCGUCGACGAAUGAUGCUACUAGCUGCAAAGUCGUUUUGAUGGAACAUUCUUUCGGUUACAGCUAUGGCAUCCCCUUUGUUGGCAAUUAUACGCCACCUGGUUGCAAGUUCAAUAGAGUGGUUAUGAAUUUUACCGUCACUUCAAGUGGCCGUCAAUUUGACCGUCUUGCACUUAUGUACUUUGGCAAUUCGGAAGUUUGGAGAACAUCUACUGCAGAACCAACAACCGCUGGGAUUAGAUGGGAAUAUUUCAAGGAUAUGACCGAAUACCUUUAUUUUUGGAACUUGCCUCAGACCAUUAUUUUUGAUCUUGGAAACUUGAUCGAUAGCACAUAUACUGGAGACUACAACACUACUCUUACAGCUACUUUCUUCACAAGUCAAGAAACUAUCGAGCCUGCUGAUCUAAUUCUCCCGGUCUCCGCAAGACAGGGUGCUGAAGACGCUGGGAGUGUGUUCACGUUGCCAGGUGACAAUGCCACAAAUACGAUUAGUUUUCCACAAAACGCCAACCGUGCUGUCUUCUCUAUUUCAGCUUGUGGUCAGUCGGCUGAGGAAUUUUGGUGGGGUAAUGUACUCCAGUCAAACAUUGAAACAUUUGAGGAUUACGAUGGAACACUUUAUGGAUACUCGCCAUUUCGAGAAGUUCAGGUCCUGAUUGAUGGUCAACUAGCUGGCGUGCAAUGGCCAUUCCCGGUCGUCUUUACCGGUGGUAUCGUACCAGGACUUUGGAGACCAAUCGUUGGACUCGAUGCUUUCGAUCUCCGUGAACACGAAAUCGAUAUCACUCCUUGGCUAGCCAUUCUCUGCGACGGAUCUGAGCAUACAUUUGAGAUCCGAGUUGCAGGUAUCCUAGAUGAUGGUGAAGGUAGCGGUACCCUCAUUGAUACAGUAGAUAGCUACUGGCUCGUCACAGGCAAAAUUUUCAUUUGGCUUGACUCUAAUGACUCUGUCACGACCGGCACCGCACCUACAAUCUCGCUCCCUGCCCCUAUAAUAACUACUUCGCAACUCCUCACUCAAAAUGCCACCGGCGCAAACGAAACACUCACUUAUACCACCAACGUUCAACGCUCACUUUCUAUUUCAUCUACCGUCAUUACCGAAAACGGUACUACCACAUCGACAUGGACACAACAAUUAAGUGCUUUAAACUAUGGCCAAUACACGGCAUUUGGCGCUAUCCAAAUCAACAACGCAACAACCCACGGUGUCGACACAUCAACAUCAGGAAGCGCAACGAAAUACAAAUCAGAAUACACAUACCCUGUCUGGGUCAACACAACUUACCUCGUCCUCUCCCCAACAAACUUCACCCUCGACGCCACCAUAACCCGCGGACUCGACCUCCUCAUCUCAGGAACCUCCGUCUUCCCCAGCGGUCUCCAACCCUUCACCUAUCUCCCUUCCUCCGCCCCUCUCAUCUUCGGCUUCUCUGGAACCCAUCUAUCAACCACCCAAGACGGAUCUGCGCAUUACCUCGGUACAUCUGCCGGCAGUACCGGUUUCGGAAGCACGAGUCAGGUAUUCCAAUUUUCUGGACUCGAUAUCAAUAGUGAUGCGCUAGAUACCGAGUUAUAUUACCGGAAUGUGGAGGCGGCGAACUCGUCAAUUGUGUAUGAUGUGGAACGUCUGGUCGGGACGGAAAUCGGAAGGUAUGCGGAUAGUAGCUAUAGGGCAGGGAGUGCGUAUAUGAGUAUGGAGGUUAUGAGUGCUAAGAAGGCUAUUGGGAGGGGGAAGGGAAAUCCUAAACAAUUGCUUGUGGGUGGGAGUUCUUAG